CCCACUUUUUCUCUGGAAAUCUCAGUUUUUGGGGGGUGUGCUCCUAAAGGUGAAACUCCCUUUCCUGUAACAAAUCCAGAGUGAAACUCUGCAGACUUUUCAGCUUGUUGAGCUUCACCCAGCAUGAAGAACAUUUCACGUCUCUGCGCUGCGGCUUUGGCAUGGCUUCUCAUCCACUUUGGAACCAGAGCGUUCUGCCUCAGGAUUCACUGUAUGUGGGGGUCUUAUAGCAGCUGGUCACAGUGUGAUCCCUGCACAAAGCUACAGACCAGAAGCCGAGCCAUGGUCGUGUAUGCUCAGUUUGGCGGGAACCCCUGCGAUGGGAUGCGGUCUGAAAGCAGGCCUUGUGAAACGACUCAGGGUUGCCCUUUAGAUGGCGGAUGUGGAGACCGUUUUCGCUGUCGAUCUGGGAAGUGUAUUAGCAAAUCUCUAUUGUGCAACGGAGACCAAGACUGUGAGGGAGAUGGGCUCGAUGAGAACGACUGCACCAACCAACAAAAGUUUUUUGCGUGUGAACACACAGUGACCCCUCCUAAUGUUGAUCUAAUAGGUCUUGGGGUUGAUGUGGUCACUGGACAGCAAAGAGGCAGUGUCAUCAACACAAGGAGCUUUGGGGGCCAGUGUCGAACCAUCUUCAGUGGCGUCCACAAGGCUUUCUAUCGACUGCCUCUCAGCACCAUACAAUACAAUUUCUUGGUUAAGGUGCAGAACGACUUCAGUGAUGAGAUGUUCAGCAGUAAGUGGCAUUACGCCAAGGAUGUUGUCAACCGAGAAACGGUGACGGGGACCACGAAAGGAUAUAAAAACUACGACUUUCAUGAGAUACACGAUACCUCUCAGUACCACAGACUACUAGUGUUAAAGAACGACAUAGAAGUGGCACAGUUCCAGAGCAACUCUCCACAGUACAUUCCGAUUGCAGAGGAAUUCUGGAAGGCUUUGGCCAAACUCCCAUCCGUCUAUGACUACACCGCUUAUAGGAAGGUUCUGGAGAGGUUCGGAACACACUAUGUGUCUCAGGGAAGCUUGGGGGGCUCCUUGAAAAUCAUUAUGUCCAUCGAUUCAGAAAGUGAAAAUUACCUUGCUGUUGAAUCAAUGAAGUACAAAGAAUGUGAGAAGAAGGUUCGCUUUAUCCUAAUAUUCCCCCUCAUCAUAACAAAGUGUAAAGAAGGUGAAAAUACAGAAGAUUGGAAAAGAUAUAAUUCCUACAACAACAUAGUGGCAAAAGUGGACGUGAAAGGAGGAGACCCCUCCCACACCGCUGCGGUGCAGAGGAUGCAGCUAGAUGACGCAAGCAAGAACUGGGAGAUGUACUCAAACUGGGCGGAUUCUAUCAGAUCCAUUCCAGAUAUCAUAAAACAAAAGCUGCGGCCACUGUCAGAGCUGGUGAAGGACGUUCAGUGUGCCGGGGUGAAGAAGCUGUACCUGCGCAGAGCCAUCGAACAAUACCGAGCAGAGAGUGACCCCUGCCACUGCCAGCCCUGCAGAAACAAUGGCAUAGUUGUCAUGGAUGGUGGUGUGUGCAAAUGCAUCUGUCAGCCUGGAACAACAGGGGAAGCUUGUGAGCAAGGAAUUGAGGCUGAGGGCCAGCAAGGAGUAAUCCACGGCAGUUGGACUUGCUGGUCUGCUUGGUCAACAUGUUCCAGAGGUCAGAGGUCUCGAAGUCGCAGUUGCCAAAACCCUGCGCCGCAGAACGGAGGACAGCACUGCAUCGGUGACACGGUUGAGAAGUCUUCCUGUGAUGAAGAGGACCUGGAACACCUGAAGAUCAUGGAGCCUCAGUGCUUUGACAACACUCUGUCACCAAGUCAGAAGUGUGAAACUCCUCCAGCUCUGAUCAAUGGGUUUAUUGUGAAUCCAAAGGAUGUUUACCUUGUUGGGGGUAGAGUUGAAUACAGCUGCAUUGUAGGUUUCCAUCUGUUUGGAAACAGCGUCUUGGAAUGCAAUUCUGACCAAACCUGGUCCCCAAGCCUUGGCCAGUGCACAGCUUCAUCUUGUAAACUAAAAUUCCUCAAUGAGGAGGUUAUAGCUUCUCCUGUGAAAGAGGCUUAUGACAUCGGGGAGGCUGUCACCUUGUCUUGUCCGGAGGGCAGAACCUUACAGGGAGAAGACAGAGUCCUGUGUGACUCCAGCUUGAAUUUUUCCCCAGAUCCUGCUGAAAUUACAUGCAUCCAAGUCGAAACCCCGCCUUCUCCCGUCACUCCCACAGUGAGCUGUGAGGCAUGGGAGAAACCCUCCAAAGGCAAAUGUGUUUGCAAAAUCCCUCAUGAAUGCAGUUCGUCUCUGGACAUUUGUGCCACAUCUCCAGGAAGUGGAAAAUUCAUCCCCAUGACUGUAUGCAAAAUGCAUGCCCUGAAGUGCAAUAGGAAGAGCUUUGAAAUAGCCGAGUACAGCAGCUGCGUGUGGCCUCGGCGCGACUCUCCGGACUGCAGCUCCUGCCACAUGUGGGAGAAAUGUGAUGAAUCAACCAGCAGCUGCCGCUGUAAGGAGCUUGCAGACUGUUUGAACCCUGUCAUAAAGGUGUGCGUCCGUGUUGGUGAGGAUGACACGGCGUCCACACAGACCAUGAGUGAGUGUGAAGCAGGAGUUCGACGAUGUAACGGAGAAAAGGUGUCUGUUGUCAGCAUCCAGCCCUGUGCUUCCUGAGGACUGACAACCAUGUUUCAUUUCCUUUAUAAUCCACACAAACUUUAUUAUUUGAAGUUACUUGACAUGCAUGUAUCCUUACAGAAUAGAAGGCAAUAAAACUCAGCAGGCCUUUCCCUGUGUAUGGA